AUGUCGCCUAACACUUGCAACUUCAUUCUGCUGCUCCUCGCAGCCCUCGCCCUCACUGCUACCGCCUUUCCCAUUGGCUCAUUCAUGACCGACCUUGCCAUUCGCACUGAGAGUGCUUGUGCUAUUGGGCACGGCUGCCCUUGGGCUCGGUCGGAGGAUAAGGUUGCCCGCGCCGAGUUUACUUGCUCGAACGGCGGCUGCCCCUGGGCUCGUUCCGAGGACAAGGUUGCCCGCGCCGAGACUGUUUGCUCUGCUGUACACGGCUGCCCUUGGGCUCGUUCUGAAGAUAAGGUUGCCCAUGGCGAUGUUCUCCAGGCAUAG